UGCUCGAAGCGCGAAACAUGGCGGGGCAGGAUGCUAGUGUUGGUGGCGGCUCUGGGGACGAAUACUACGAAGACAAAGGCGAAGACAGCGUGUCCAAGGAAGCCAUGGAGGUGUUCAGGAAGCUGAAGGACCUAAACUGCCCCUUCCUUGAGGGUCUUUAUAUCACAGAACCAAAGACGAUUCAGGAACUGCUGUGUAGGCCCUCGAAGUACCGCUUGGAGAUACUGGAGUGGUUGUGUAUACGGAUCUGUCCCUCCUUGCAGGACAAGUUCAGCUCAUUGAAGGGGGCCCCAGUGGAGGUGAAGAUUCAAGAAAUGGUGAAACUAGCCCAUGAGCUGAUGCUGUGUGCGCCGGAUGACCAGGAGCUUGUAAAGAUAUGGAACUGGAAGGGUCCAGGACACCUUUCUAGCUGGGAUCUUGCUGUCUCCCUCCUGUGGCACAGACUGCUUACUGGUCCAGGAGCUGGAGGUACAAGCCUGAAGGAGCAUUUGGAAGACACCACAGACAAGAACGAAGCAUUGCUGGGAGAGCUCUUCACCAGCUCCCACCUGCGGAUGCUCCUGAACCCCAGGUGUGACCCAUGGCCCCUGGAUGUACAACCCCUUCUCAAUAGACAAAGUGACAACUGGCCAAGGGCCAGCCCCUCUGCUCACUCAGAGGAGGAGAAGGUGGUACAACUGGCCAGGCAGCUGCAGGAGAGUGCCGCCAAGCUGCAGGCACUCAGGGUAGAGUGCUUUGCGCAGCAUAAGCCAGGAGCUGCUGCAGGUGGGACUGAUGCUAGUACCCUAGACCAGAAGCUGCGCCUGGUUGUCUCCGACUUCCACCAGCUCAUCUUGGCCUUCCUCCAAGUCUACGACGAUGAGCUGGGAGAGUGCUGCCAGCGCCCUCACCCUUACCUCCACCCAAGUGGCCCCAUCGUCCAAGCCGUGUACCAGACUCUGACUUCCUGCAGCCAACUGUUGAAAGCAGUUGUGGAGGUGACUAAUACCUCUGCAAAAGCUGUGGAGAUGGUGAAGAAGCAGCAGGACGAGCAGAUUUCCUGGGGAAGCAGCAGCUCCGUGAUGAUUCUAGCCACCAAAAUGGAUGAACUAACCCAGAAGUAUAAGGUCUUCAACAACAGUCUGCAAAAAGGCACAGGAUAAUGCAGGAGCAGGAGGCCCUCCCAGCACGCUUGCUGGAGAAGUGGUUCCAGUACCCUUUGUGCCUCCAUUUAUUUGCUGGGUGCCUUCAGCUUCUUUGGAGGGUGGGUGGGAGGGCAGAGAAGGCCAGGGCUGUUUGAGCUACAAAGAAAGGAAUCCUCAGACUCUUAAGAAGUUGCCUCCAGCCUGCUCUUUGCUUCUGCCAUUUGGGUCCCUUGUCUCCCCUCUGGCCUGGGCUACUGAGCUCCCUUCCUGUCCCUAGUAUCACAGGUCUGGGGUCUGCUGUCCUGGUGGGCCUGGGCCCUGCCUCUACUCCUUCCUAUCAUUGCCUGCUUAAACUUGGCUAUGCCUGGUGGGCGUGGGCCCUGCCCCUCGCCUGUUGCCUUCACUCCUUCCUGUCAUUGCCUGGUUAAGUUUGGCUGUGCCCAGCCAAGGCCUCCACUCACCAUGCAUGCACCCCUCUCCCUGCCACCCCUGGCCUGUCCCCAUUCCUGUGUGAGCACUUCUCAUAGCCCCUCAGGAGCCCUCAUCAUGUGCCUGGGAGACAGCUUGUCUAUUGCUUCCUCCCAGGGUGCUCAGCAUCUAUUGAGGAAUUCUUGAUGUGGCCUGACUGGUUGUCCAGGAAGCUGCUCUCUGGGCUUCCCAAGAUGACCCAGUAUCUCUCUGA